CAGUGAGCACGCCCACUCUAAAUACUCAAAACUUGCUAAACAAAAAUGGCGUUGCACGUGCCGAAAGCGCCCGGUGUGGCUCAAAUGCUGAAGGAGGGCUCCAGGCUCUACAGUGGCCUCGAGGAAGUCGUCUAUCGCAACAUCUCGGCCUGCAAGCAGUUGGCCCACACUUUACGGACUGCCUAUGGACCAACCGGCAUGAACAAGAUGGUCAUCAACCAUCUGGAGAAGUUGUUUGUCACAAACGACGCAGCCACAAUCAUCAAGGAACUUGAAGUCGAACACCCUGCUGCCAAAAUGCUUGUUUUGGCCUCUCAGAUGCAGGAGCAGGAAAUCGGCGACGGAACAAAUUUCGUCAUCAUUUUUGCAGGCGCCCUACUUGAAGCAGCAGAGGACCUUUUAAGAAUGGGUCUUACUCCCACGGAGGUUGUCGAAGGCUACGAACUGGCUCUAGAAAAGGCACUAGAAAUUUUGCCUACUUUGGUGUGCAAGGAGGUCAAAGACCUUAGAGAUGCUAAGCAAGUGGAAGAAGCAUUGAAAACCGCCAUUUCUAGCAAGCAAUAUGGCCAGGAAGAUUUCCUCACAACUUUGAUCACAAAGGCUUGUGUGUCGGUAGUGCCUGACAAGAGCACCUCUUUCAAUGUCGAUAAUGUCCGCAUCUGCAAAAUCGCGGGAUGUGGUCUCCUCUCAUCGGAAGUUGUGCCUGGAAUGGUCUUUAAGAGAUUUGUUGAAGGAACAGUGUCUAAAAAGUCGCAGGCCAAGGUUGCCCUUUACACUUGUCCAAUCGACAUUAUGCAGACGGAGACUUCGGGUACUGUUCUCAUCAAAACCGCCGAGGAAUUGAAGUCGUUCAGCCGGGGAGAAGAGACACAGCUGGAGGAUCAGAUUAAGGGUCUCAAAGACGCUGGCGCCGAUGUGGUGGUUGCUGCUGGCAAGUUUGGCGAUAUGGCCCUGCACUACUUAAACAAGUACGACAUGAUGGCCGUCAGACUCACUAGCAAGUUUGAUCUCCGUAGAUUAUGCAAAGCCACCAAUGCAACUGCUCUUCCCAGAUUGAUCCCACCAAACAAAGAAGAGUUGGGUUAUGCUGAUUUGGUUUCCGUUGAUGAGGUUGGUGACACUGGAGUUGUGAUUUUCAAGAUUGGUGAAGGAGAAUCCAAGAUCUCUACUGUUGUUAUCAGAGGAGCAACUGAUAACUACAUGGAUGACAUCGAAAGGUGUAUUGACGAUGGAGUCAAUACCUACAAGGGUCUUACUAAAGACAACCGACUUGUUCCCGGCGCUGGAGCUGUUGAGUCGGAAUUGGCCUUAUUAGUGAAUCGUUUUGGCGAGGGUCGCUCAGGGUUGGAGCAGUAUGCCAUCCAGAGAUUUGCACAUGCCUUGGAAGCCUUGCCUAAGGCUUUGGCAGAAAACUCUGGAGUUAAGGGAACAGAGCUGCUUGCCAAGCUUCAGUCCGCUCAUGCCCAAGGCCAGAAUACCAGUGGAUUGGACAUUGAGUCUGGCAGCUUGCUAAAUUCUGUUGAAUCUAAGAUCUUUGACCUUUUCAUCACCAAGUACUGGGGUCUUAAGUACGCCACUAGCGCUGCCUGCACAGUGCUAAAGGUGGACCAGAUCAUUAUGGCAAAGCGUGCUGGUGGACCGAAAGCGAGGGCUCCCGGUGGCCAGGACCAGGAUGACGACUAAAUGUAAGCAUUCUGCCACUAUUUUUCCGGAUCCAACUCGUCUCAACGUUCAACGGCAUUUUUUUCAUUAUAAUUUUUGCCUGGACUGGAUUUGGGCCGUCUUCUAUUAAUUCCGAUGCACUCGCCACUCUCAACACAAAAUUGAAACCAAUGCGAACGAUUAUUUUGAUCCAGUAUUCCAGCACUAACCUAGACGGUGCCUAAUUUAUUAACAAUUCCACGGAAAAGCAGCUCUGUGAUGUGCUGUUUAUGAUCACUGGAGCUGUAAUAAAUGCGUCAAUCACUAAAAAAAAUUUAAAAACGUGCAUUU